AUGCCACACGCGACGAGCCUUCCCCCGCCGGGCUUCCAGGCCCUCAUUCUCUGCGGACCUGGAGCCUCAUUCAGUACAUUCACAUCUUCACCGAAAGAUAUACCAAAGGCACUGCUGCCCAUCGCCAACCGGCCUAUGGUCUGGUACCCGCUGGAAUGGUGCUAUCGCAUGGGAGUAACAGACAUCACAGUCGUUACCCCGCCAGAAUCACUAGAGGCCAUCGAGGCUGCCAUGUCGCAAAAUCCACAUCUCACAACUCUCCCUUCACCGAAACCAGACAUUCUCGCACCAAAAGGUCUCUCGCACCAGACCAGUACCGGCGACCUCUUCCGAUUACCUGAACUACAAAGCGCCAUCAAGGGUGACUUCAUCGUACUUCCUUGCGAUCUUGUAUGCGAACUGGACGGUACAUCGCUGGUGGACGCAUGGAUGGUCGAACAGGGCGGAUUUGCAGGCGCAAGUGGAGGGCUAGAUCACAACGGCGGCAAGAUCGCAUAUGGUGCUGGAGGAGAAAAACUAGGACGAAGAGGUGGAAUGGGUGUGUGGUAUGAGACCAAGGGUGAGGGUAGCAGGAAGAAGGAAGAGACCGACUUCAUUGCGACAACACCUUUGCCCAAGCCAAUCGUCUCCGUGCCCACCGACUCAUUAAGACGCAACAUCUCCAAACUCGUAUACUCGGUUCCCACAGACACUCUCAACGAUAUUACCGAAGAACAAAAGACGUUUCCCCUUCGACAUUCACUCAUCAGAAAGCAUGCUCGGAUAAGGAUGCUGACGACGCACCGCGACGCGCACAUUUACAUUUUCCCCUACUGGGUCAUGGAAAUGAUUCGCAAGAAUGAAAAGUUUGAGAGCAUAAGUGAGGAAGUAAUGGGAUGGUGGGCGAAAGCUAGUUGGCAAGACGGCCUGGGCGAGAAGUUGGGUCUGCGGCAGAUAUUGCAAGAAGAGAAUGAAGAGUCGGAUCACGGAUCCCAGAUGGUCGAGGAAGAUAUCGAUGUUUCCAAGUUCAGCACCACAUACUCUGGAAACAACGUAGAGAACGAAGAGAGCUCGACUACUGCGUUAGCAUCAAGAGUCACCAGAUCGUCGAGCAUACCCGACUCCGCAAAGUCACUCACAGCAAACUCGAAACUUACCGUCCCGCCUAUUCUCGCAUACGUCCAGCCUUCGGGUCCCAAUGAGCCUCUUAUCCGCCGCGUUGACGAUUCCCACCUCCUGUUGACCAUCUCGCUCCGCCUCGCCAAGCUGCCCUCGAUUGAAGAGGUUGGAAAAGAAGCUGCUUCGCCGUUUGCCCACCAGUCCAAGAUUGCGCACAAGGAGUCUAUCCCACGUAAAUGCCGAGUAGAAGCAGAGAACUCGCUACUCGCCGACAACGUCAUUGUCGAGGAGAAGACCAAUAUCAAAGAGAGCGUUAUCGGAUCGAAUUGCAAGAUUGGUGAGGGUGCACGGUUGCUGAGAUGUUUAUUGAUGGAUGGCGUCGAGGUCGGUCCCAAUGUUCAGCUUACUGAUUGUAUUCUUGGUAGGCGGUGUAAGAUGGAGGGUGGAGAUGCAAAGGAUGGUGAUAAGACUGUACUCAAGGACUGUGAAGUGCAGGAUGGUCAGGUGAUUGAAUGGGGAACGGAGGCCAAGAACGAAAAGUUUAUGCGCUUCGAUGUGGGUGACGAUGUCGGUAGUGAGGGCUUUGGCGGUGAUGAAAUGGAUGAUGAUGCGGGUGAUGAUGAGGGUAUCCCAUUGCGGUAG